GCUUGUUACCAGAUCUUUGCCAAACUUAGUCCUGUUGGGGUAAUUCAAUCAUUUGAUUCAGCUGGGUUGGAGCAGGUGCUAAAUGUUGCAGGGGAGUAGCUCUGGAGGACUGAAGUAGGAGAUUCCUGAUUUAAAGUGAAUCCGAGCACAGAGCAAGUCACUGCUUUCUGCCGCAGUCUCCAUGACAUGAAUCCCCUGGAGUGCCCAAUGUCAUCCUCCUCAUCAUCGUCUUCAUCGUCCCUGUCACCGAGCCCUGUGUCAGCUUUAGCGCCUGCUGCCGGGACUGCCGCCCAGAGGCAGCUUUCCCAUGCAGACAAAUUGCGCAAGGUCAUCUGUGAAUUGGUGGAGACAGAGAAGACGUAUGUCAAGGACCUGCGCUGUCUCAUAGAGUGCUACUUGAAACCUUUACAGAAAGAGAGCUUCCUAACACAGGAUGAGCUGGAUGUUUUAUUUGGUAAUCUUGAAGAGAUGGUGGAAUUCCAGUUGGAGUUUCUGCGAACGCUUGAAGAUGGAAUCAGACUGGUGCCUGAUCUGGAAAGGUUGGAGAGAGUGGACCAGUUUAAGAAGGUGCUUUUCUCUUUGGGUGGGUCAUUCCUUUAUUAUGCUGAUCGGUUCAAGAUCUACAGUGCAUUUUGUGCCAGCCACACAAAGGUCCCAAAGGUCCUGGCUAAAGCCAAAACUGACCCAGAGUUCAAAGCCUUCCUGGCUGAGAGAAAUCCCAGACAGCAACAUUCAUCCACUCUGGAGUCUUACCUGAUCAAACCCAUCCAGAGAGUCCUGAAGUACCCACUCCUACUCAGGGAGCUCUACUCUCUCACUGACCCAGACAGUGAAGAACACUACCAUCUGGAUGUCGCAAUGAAGGCCAUGAACAAAGUUGCGAGUCACAUCAAUGAGAUGCAAAAGCUUCAUGAGGAGUACGGAGCAGUUUUUGAUCAGCUCAUCAAUGAGCAGACGGCGGAUAACAAACAAGUGCUUGAUCUCUCAAUGGGUGACCUUCUGCUGCAUUCAACAGUAGUGUGGAUGAAUGCUCCAACCACUUUUGGCAAAAGCAAAAAGGACCCAGAAUUAUCUGCUUUUGUGUUCAAAACUGCUGUUGUUUUUGUCUACAAAAACUCAUCCAAGCACCGGAAAAAAAUUGGGGGAUCUCAUCGUGCGACUGUGAGUGAGGACAGGGAUCAUUUCCGCUUUCGAUACAUGAUUGCUACAGACUCCCUGCAAGUCCGGGCCGCUGCAAGCUCUGAAGCCACAGCAGUAUGUGAACUAGUCCACACAAGGUCUGAAUCUGAAGGAAGACCAGAAAGAAUCUUUCAGCUGUGCUGCAGUUCUCCAGAGAGCAAAAAGGACUUCUUGAAAGCAGUCCAGUCUAUCCUUAGGGAGAAGCAACGGCGACAUAUUCUCAAGACAAAAUCUAUGUCGCUCAGCCAGAAGUAUGUCCCGUUUGGUGGCAAACGCCUGAGCGCCCUCAAAGGUGCACGGCCUGCCAUGAACAGAGCAGCGUCUGCCCCAUCACGAACCCUGAAUCGCCGAAGCCUCUUGAAGAACCACAUUACUAUUGAUGCUGACCAGGUUUUCCAUGGCACCAACAACAACAGCACUGAUGUUCCUAACAUCUCCCAUCGGCCACCCAGUUCCCCUUCAAUCUCCCCUCCCCCCAAGCACGAACCUCAUCCGUCUCACAAACAUCAGGCAGAGGACACGGACCGUUGGGUGGAGGAGCAGUUCAACCUGAGGCACUACGAAGAUCAGUGCGAAGACAUUGACGACAGACAGGUGAAGGAGACGGACAUCUUGAGUGACGAUGACGAAUACUGUAAAUCUCUGCGAGCCCCGUCAGCCGAACCAGACUCCCUGGAGGCAGGAGUGAGAGAGCUGAGGUUGCACAGCAAAGAGGUCGACUUGAAUAGAAAGAUGGAGUCUAGAAGCGAGAUGGAGCAGGGUGUGAAAGUGGAUCGAACAAAACAGAGGGAUGAUUCAGACUCCUUCACAUCCUGCAGCCUGUCUGUUUCUUGUUCCUCAAAGCUCACUCCUUUGAAGCAGCAGUGUUCUGUGGAGGGAGCCACUAGCAAGAACCACAACAUGAUCUGGGUACGACGGGACGACUUUAAUAAAGGGUGCAACAGUGAUGUCUUUUGAUUGGAGACUACAGAAUGAAGACAAGAGAAACAGAGGUGUCUUCCACUCAAUACAUUACUGUGCAAAAUUGUUCAUUCCCCUUGAAUUUUUUUAUUUUAUUUCAUGGUAUACCAUUGGGUUUUGUGAUGAAUGAAAAAAUGUGCAUAAUUUAGUGGAAGAAAAAGGAUGAAUUGUUUUCUUAAUUACAAUUCAAAUUCCGAAAAGUGAAAAGGCCAUUUAUAUUCAGCCAAUUAAGUCAGUACUCUAUCGAUGUUAAUGUAGAUGAUUCCAUGUUUAGAAAAUCCAAGAAUUUUGGCAUUUUUAUUUAGGCCCUUUUACUCUGACAACCCUUUUUUAAAUCUCCAGUUCCAGCAUCUCCCUUUAUUUAGCUCCAUACCCAUCUCUGCUAAAGGAAAGAAAAGAAAAAUCACCACAGCAUGAUCCUGCCAUUACUAUGUUUUUCUGUGGAGACGUGUAUUCAGGGUGAUGUUUAGUGUUGUUUUUUUUAUUUUUUUACCAUUUUGUAUGAAGGCAAAACCUGGCCAGAGUGUCUUCAACAUGUUUGUUUCGUAUAAGAAGAAUAAUCUGCAGGCUUAUAGCACACCUUUAAAAGGGUCUCUAAAUUAUUUAUUAAUCAAGUAACUGAAAAAACAUUGUUGCAUUGGAUUUAUUUAGGGUUAUUUGAGUAAAAGGGCUUAAAUAAAUAAUUUUUCUUUCACUUCAUAAUUAAACUGCAUUUUUCCUGUCACUGAAAAUCCCAAUGAAAUACAUGGAAGUGUGUGGUCAUAGCUUAUGAUUAUAAAACUGUGAAAAUGUUUAAGGGGUCUAAAAAUCUUUGCAAGGAAUUGUAAAUCAGGAUUCCAAGAAAAUGUAGGGUGAAUCAGGUAUAAGCUUUAAGAUAGUGUAUAGCACUGUGAUGCUAACCACUCUUUUUAACUCCACCCAGUUUGACAAUCCUACCAUCUUACAACAUGCUCCGGUUCCUCUUGUGCCCCUUAGAUUCUAAUUCAGAACUUCUAUCUGUAAAGUUGUAACAGAGAUCCCUCACUGUAUCCAGGCAUUUCACAUUAAACAGCUGGCAUUUAUCUGAAAAUGAAAGCAUUACAUGUGCAUACAUGUCAGAUGAGGAUGUGUAUGUCUUCAUACGCUGAAAAGCACAUCUUAUGUAGACACAGGCAGCUACUGUCUCAUGACACACUGCACAGAAGAGACAUCCUCACUAAAUUAUAACUCAUGGACCAAAACGUCUAUUUUUCAACACAGUAAUGUGGUUGUUGUAUAUUUUUCUGACUCUAAAAGCUGUUUGCAUUUACUACCAAACCAGCCCUAACCCCCCCACCCCCCAAGGGCUGUUAGGGCUGCAGUGUUCGUUCUCUUCACGGGAUUUUGGCUAAUUGGCUGCUGUAUAAAAUAUGGUGAGGUCCGACUAGCUUUAUUGUGCUUUUUUUAAAAACUGUUUUAACUUAAUAUCAGCUGCACAUCACUGUAUAGUUGGAAGUAAUAAUAGUGCUUUUCACCUGUUGUACAAAAAAGUUUUGAUGCUCACUUUUUCUCCUAUAUACUUUUUAAAAAUGGUUAUGAAUAGCAAAUUUUUCAUGUUUAUUUAACAUUGCCUUUUUAGAAAACUUUACUGUAACUUAAUGUUUACAACACAUUUAUCUGCUCAGUGUUACAAACUUUGGUGAUAGAAAUGAACUUGACAAAACUCUCUUUGCCCUUCUCAUCUUUUUUGUUUUAUUGUUUAAAAAAAUCCCUCUAUUUUAGUAGAUUUUUAGCUCAUUAGACCCUACACUGGAUCUCGGAGUCCCUUCAAGUUUGAUGUCUUUAGAAUACAGCCCUACCACUCUAGUCCUGUUUACUUGAAUAUUAUUAGUCCUGAGCUGCAACUUAAUUAUCCUCCUUUAUCAGAUCCAAGCAACCUUUUCCAUUUAACUUAUGAACAUCCUGCAUCCACUUCACAAUCUUGUGAUGCUUCUCCAUUCCACCAGGUGGUGCCAUUUCACUAUCACCGCUGCAACGUGCUUAUUGUGAGACUUCUGUACAGAACACAAGUACAAGCACUUAACACCGAACUGUGAACGCUGAGGCUAAGCUACUCUGGUUCAUAGGAAUAAGAAAGUGGAUUAUUUUAAAGUUCAUGUUCUUAAUCUAUUUACAAAGCCGAUUUCUCAGCUAACAGCUCACUGGUUCAUCACAUCCGGGAAAGACUUGACUGUGAGGUACAAUCGCCAGGCCCUGGAGGCAAACUCUGUGAAAAGCCCUUUGACUCCCACCUUUGUACUUUUGAAACUGUUUGUACUUAAAACUGUGGAUUUUUAUGUGAAAAUAAAUUUUCUCAUUAAACUUA